UUGUCACAAACGCCAAAAUAUAUAACAGUGAGAAAAGUGAGAAUCUUCAUUCAUGUUUCGUAAUUCUAAUAAUUUUGAAAAUAUUUAGAAUGCUUUUAGUUUUAUAUAGUUAAAAGUUAUGUCCAGUAUAUAAAAUAUUGAAAAAAAAAAUCUAAAAUGGCUAGUUCCAUCAUUUUAGCAGGAUUGGGAAUGGCAGCUGUUGGUUUUGCUGGCCGGUAUAUCCUAAGACAAGUACCCAAUGCCUCGUCAAAAUUUGCAGAAGCAAUGAAAAACUUACCUAGAUUUGACAGUGAGUCAUUAGCUAAUUCGAAAUACUAUAAAGGAGGAUUUGAACCCAAAAUGACCAAGCGUGAAGCUGCAUUAAUUUUAGGCGUCAGUCCCACUGCGAGUAAAGCAAAAAUAAGAGAUGCACAUCGAAAAAUAAUGUUACUGAAUCACCCAGACAGAGGCGGCUCACCAUUGAUUGCUGCAAAGAUAAAUGAAGCUAAGGAUGUGCUAGAAAGUGGGAAAUAAUAAGUGUAAGAUGUGGACAAAUCUAAUUGAAAGUUCUUAGAUCAAAUCAAUAAUUAGUUUGCAAUUAGUUAAGUUUCUAACCUAUGUAGGUUUCUUUUGAUUUUGCUCUAAUGAAUAAAACUGUUUUUUUUUUAUUUUAAUUUAAAUUAUGGAGAUUUUUAUUAAUGAAGAACCUUUGUUUUCUUGCAUUUUUUAAUUAGAAAAAACAAGU